AUGUCAACAUUCCCAACAAGUACUGUAGUCCAUCCAACUGUUCUACUCAGUGUAGUCGAUCAUUAUAAUCGUGUGGCAAAGGAUACAAACAAGCGUGUCGUUGGUGCAUUGCUAGGAGCAAACAACAAAGGUGUAGUCGAUGUAUCAAACUGCUAUGGUGUGCCCUUUGAGGAGGACGAUGACAACUCAAACAUUUGGUUCCUCGAUCACAACUUCCAUGAGAACAUGUAUUCAAUGUUGAAGAAGAUCAAUGCUAGAGAGAAUGUAGUUGGAUGGUAUAGCACUGGACCAAAGAUCAGAACAUCUGAUCAGGACAUCAAUGAGUUGUUUAGAAGAUACACACCAAACCCUGUGAUGAUUAUCAUCGAGGUAGCUCCAAAGGAGUUGGGCAUCCCUACAAAGUCAUACGUCACUGUUGAGGAGGUCAACAAAGAAACAUCAGAGUCAACAAUGCGUUUCCAACACAUUCCUUCGAUGAUUGAUGCAGUGGAGGCAGAGGAGAUUUGCAUUGAGCAUCUCCUCCGUGAUGUGAAGGACAGCUCUAUAUCAUCAUUGACCACUCAAGUGCUGGACAAGAAGAUAUCAUUGCGACACCUGUUGACCAACCUUCAAGAGAUGACCACUUAUUUAGACUAUGUAGUUCAAGAACGUAUCCCAGCCAAUCAACAGAUCAUUGGAUUCAUCCAGGACAUUAUCAAUCUUUCACCAAACUUGAACGUCAAGGAGCUGGCAAAGGCAUUCUCUGUCGAGAUGAAUGAUACUGCUUCAGUGAUCUAUUUGUCAUCGUUGAUUCGCUCAGUCAUUGCUCUUCACAACCUCAUCUUGAACAAGUUUGAGAACCGCGAUGCAGAGAAGAAGGCCGACGCACCAGCCACCCCAAGCAAGGACAAGGAUACCGCUGCUGCCGCCACCGCAACCAAAGACACUACAGCGCCAUCGAGCAAAGACAAGGACAGCUCUGCUUCCGGAAGCGGCAAGCCAAACACAAAGUAA